UCUCAAGCUUACCCGAGAAAUCUGAAUCAACAACAUCAGCUAAUGCAGCAUACAUCAGCUGGAUUCAAUUCAACUCACCUGAUGGAAAAAAGCGAACAGGAGCCAUUGCACAAGUUCUUGGAACCAAAAAGUGGCAUGGUUCUUGAACGUGCACAUUCCAGAUUACAGAUGCCUUCUCUUUACAUGUCUCAGAAUCUAACAAUGCCCAUGGCAGAUCAACUUAAGCCGCAAAAUCAGACACCUCUUGGUGCUUUGCAUGCAUCAGAAUCAACUUCUCAAGUCGACAUGGAAUGGUUUAAUUCUGCAUAUCAGAAGAUUAUUCAGCUCAAGGACAUGUAUCUAUCUCAAUUUCUCAUGUUACACCACAAAAUGCAAGAACUGAAACGUCAGGCAACCGAUGCUGAGAUGGUAAACAAAUGGGAAAAGAACAGAUGUGUUAUUGAAAGGAAAAUCAGACUUCUCAACAUUUCUAAACCAGAUCUCUUACACAUGAAGAGGGAAAGAAUAACUCAGAUGCUGAAUGAGGUAAUGAGAUAUGUUUCUCAGCUUCAACCGAGGAAUCCUCUGUACUCGAAGCAGACUCAUCAUGUCGAGCCAUCUGGUAAUCAUAUGGAAGCACCUCAGAUUCAGCAAAGAGAAAACCCACUUCAUUUCAAUAGUUUACACCAGUCUCUGAUAAGGCCAGGAGGGACUCCAUGCUUGCCACAAAGCUCGUUGAGUUCAUUAAACGUAGGCUCAUCAGCAGGAGUACACAAGGUAGAUGCUUCAUCGAACAUGAACUCCUACCAGUAUAAUCUCAUGAGACCUAUGCAGCCAUGGGCCCCACAGGGAAGCGUGGCUCCAACCGCAAGGAAAGGAGCCUCUCAAGCAGCAUUCGAUGCGAGGGCUCUUAGAAUGUUGCUCCAUCCAUCGAGUGGAGUUUCUCAAUACAAUAAUUUGGGUGCUUCACAGCAUCAGCCUGUCACCUCAACAAGGAAUAUGUUUAACUCAUUGGACUACUCCAUGAGUCCUAUGGCUCAGGUGCCUCUCACGAUGCCUCCUCUGCAGAAUAACCAACAAGAUCAAGCUAUGAAGAGGCAGAAAAUGAAGCAGCCUCUGCAGCAGUUGAUUAAUGAGAAAAAUAAGCCGCAGAUGCUACAAAAAAGAAACGAGGAUACAAAAUUGAGACGUUUUGUAGGAUUCAACCAAAAAUGGUCUUCUGUACUACCACCAAGUUCCUCUCCGUAUGCAAUGUCUCCCCAAAAUUCACAACAAUCUUCCCCACAGUUUGAGAUUAAGGAAUUAUCUUCCAAGUUUUCCAAAUCAGCAACACCAUCAUUAUCUUCUGCCUCUCCAUCUGCUCUUCCGUCUCCCUUGACUCCGAUGACCCCCUUGACUCCGUCUUCUGUGCCGGCAGAUUGUGUGAUGAGUCCAUUGCUUGAAGAAAGUAGCAAAUUAGCCAAGAAUCCCGUUGCGGCAUCUCAGCCCCCUUUGCAAGACACAAACCGUAACCAACUUGUGACGGACACACAAAAAUCAACAAAGUCUUGCUUGCACAGGGAAUCUCUUUCUUCCGGUGCCAAGCAGCCAUUAAAGGCUAAAGGAGAUCCGCUGAAGCGCUUGAUUGAAGUGGUGAAGUCGGUGUCAUCCAAAGCGCUGAAUGCUACUGUCAGGGAUAUCAAUGCCGUCACCACUUUAACUGAUAGGGUGGCGGGAAACUUUGCCCGAGGUAAAGCUAAAAAAAUAAUAUUCUACGACUUGGCUGAUGACAUAGUCAGCUGUUGUGACGAAGGUGACAUGAAGUCAGGGAUGAAGCGUGAACUGGACGCCCUGGCUUCGGAUGAUUUUAGAAUGGACACCGAGCUCUAUGCAAUGGGUAGUAUAAAGAGACUGAAAACCGAGACUAACUAUCAGUUACUGGAAGAGAUCAAAGAGAUUAACAAGAAGCUUAUUGAGGUGGUGGUGGAUGUGAUGAUUCCAGAGGGUGUUUCUAGGCUAGGAUCAGAUGAAGGUACACUCAUCAGAUGCUCGUAUAUACCGGUUGGAUUAUCAGGGAACAUGAAGAUCUCGAAUACCUCAAAAUUUAUGUUUCCUACCCUGCUUCUUGAUAUGCUUGUUUCUGCUGAUUAUCCGACUUCGUCUCCUUGUGUAAUGGAGAAGGAUCCUUCUGGCUCCUGUGAUGGAGAAGAAGGCAGAUAUAUGUGGAUGAAGGCGAAGUCGAAUUUGAUUUUAUCCCUCAGAAAUCUCCCUCAGCCCAUGUCGGUUAAAGACGUGGCUGAAGCCUGGCACUUAUGUGCUCGGGAAGUAUUUCACGAGCUCGCGGACCAUACCGGAGGAGGUAGCUUCAGUUCGACCUACGGCAAGUGGGAAAGCUGUGCCGUUGCUGUCUAGCUAUGUCGCAUUGUAAAUAACUCCAGUUGUCCGUCAUUAAUGGUCUCAAUUUGCCAUUUUUGGUCACCCUUGAAUAAUUGUCUCAUUUCCAUUAACCAUAUCUCAAUCACAUUAUAAAUUUGGCUCCAAAAUGAUUUAGAUUUUGCAUUAUUAUAAAAUUCAAAUCACAAGGCUUGAAUUGAAAUCAUGACCUAACAAGAGCAGCAGUCAAAACCCUACCAAUCUCAAAACUUACAUAGGCGUCAAUGCAAGCAUAGUGGACUUGAUCCGCCGUGAGGCGCCGGUUAUCCCAUCGGCUUCUGGUCACUGAUUUCGGCUUCUCCAUCUCUUUCCCAAGCACAAAUCGCGCCAUAUUCUUCAAUCCGGCGUUCUUCAGCUCCUUCAUUUUAUACACCUCCGCCGCCAAUUUCCCCAAAUCAACCGUCUUCGCACCGUAUCCGAUUCUGUGAUCCCGCUCUAGUUUUCUGACAUCGGAUUUGACUCCAAUUCCGGCGAAAUUGUGGUCGGAGUAGGAGAGAAAUUGAAUGAGGUGGACGGGGAAGUAGGGCGAGUGGAUGAGCUGGUAGAUGAGGCAGCAGCGGCCGACGCAAAGCUGGAGUGUGGCGGCGGGGUUCUGUUCGCCGCGGUUGUAGUUUGGGCGCCACUCGAUGUCGAGGCCGACGGUGAGGCGAUGGCCGUAGAGGGAGCUCACGUCGCGGAUCCACUGGGAGACGGCGGCGGGGUCGCGCGUGACGGUGGUAUAAACGACGUCGCCGGAGAAGGCGACAUUAUAAGAGGCGGAGGGCUGCUCGCAGUGGCAGUGGAUGGCCAUCUGAAUUGAUUUAUGGUAGGAACAAUUUCGGCGCUUCGUUACUGAUAAAUCUACUCAAGAAUUAUUAGUAGAAAUUAUAAUUUGCAAAUUUGUUUGAGUGAUCAAUAGUGGUAGUAGACUAGUAGUACUAAUAUGAAAUUAUAAAUGUAUCUUAUGUUUCAUUUGAUACCUAGUUAAUUAA